GCACGGAGCGGAAGCCGAUCGUUGGUUCCAAUUUAAAUGAUCGGUGUUUCCCGCUCACGGGGCUGGACUCACCGCAGUUGUGGGACAUUUAAAAAAGCUGGCGUGUCAGGGUCUGGCGCCUGUCUGAUUAGCAGAGUUAAAAAUAUGUAGGAGUGAAGUAAUGUCUGCUGCAGAUCUUCAAGUUCCGCUGCGAAAUUCUCUGGAAGGAACAGGUGACAAUUCCCAGGUUGUUCAACUGAAAGGUAGUAUGGGGUCAAAGAAUAUUAUUCCAAAGUUGCCUUCUGGGGAAAAGCAAAAUCCUGCUGGUGAAAUCAAAAGUUUGCAGAGUACCAUUAAUCAGCUCCAGAAUCAAAUUAAAUAUCUGCAACCUGUGGAUGGGAGUUUCAAUCCUACAGAUUUCAGGUGGAGACUGAAUAAAGUGGAAAAAGAAAAAUUGGAACUAGUCAGCAGAUUUAAUGAAGAGCGUUCAGCAUUUGAAAGUCAUGUUGCUAAGUUGCGAUCUCAACUGGAAAAAGGGGAGGCAAUGCGGCAGACCCUGGAAUACGACUUAGCUGUAGCCAAGAAGGAAGCCAGUGUGGUACGAUCUACUUCUGAAGACAGAAUAGAAGCUAUACACAAAAUACAUGCACAAUUGAAAGUACAUAACUCAGAACUUCAGCAGAAAGUGGAAAAUUUGCAAAAGACUUUACAAGUUUUGCAACAAGCAAGAGAGGAUGAACAGGAGAGAUUCCAAAGCGAACAAGAGGAUCGAGAAAAGAUGAUUCAGAACUCAAUAACAGAAAAUGAAUUCCUGAUAGCUGAAAGGAAUCGAAUUGAUGUGAUCUUGCAGGACCAGGAGCAAACAUUCGUUGAGUUGCAGAAGCGAUUAAAAGAGCUAGAAGUUGAGCGCAACAAUCUUUCUGAUGCUUUACGAAGACAGGCAAAAGAACUUGAGUAUAGCAUUGAUCGAGAGGAGCGUCUAAAAACAGAGCUAGAGGUUGGACAACAAAGAGUUAAAAUCUUGGAAGAAAAUAUUGAGGCAGAAAGAGCUGCCCAUCUGGAAUCAAAGUUUAACUCUGAAAUCAUUCAGUUACGGAUCCGUGAUCUUGAAAAUGCUUUGGAAGUGGAAAAAUCAAGCCAUGCAAAUGCAGUGUCAACUUUGGAACUGAUCAAGCAACAACUCAGGGAAGUUGAAUUCUCAUAUGAAAGGGAAAAAUCAAAAGUUGUGGAAUCUACAAAUCAGUUACAGAAAUUACAAAAGGAAAGUACUGUUACAAAAACUCAAUUGACCGCUGAGUUGGAAGAAAAGAAUGAUGUGAUUGCUGAUCUUUCAAAACAACUUGAGAGACACGAGGAAAGUUUUGAAAAUCUUCAGGAUGAAUUAACAAAAGUAAAGAAACAUCAUGCUUUCCUGGAAGAAGCAUAUGGGGGCAGCAUAAGAGAGCUGGAAUUUCUUUUGGCCAAUUUUGCUGUGUCAGGUCCACGGACAUCAGUUGAUCAAAAGGACAAAGAGAAAAGGUUAAGCCCCUCUGUUGUCCUUGAGAAUUUGAGACAAACUUUGACAGAUUACCAGAGCAAGCUGAAGGACUCCUCUAAUGAGCUAAACAGAGUGAAGGAUUUACAUGACAAGAUAAGUGAGCAGUGUGAGGCUUACAAAGAACUGAUUUGGUCACGAAAUGAAAAUUGUGAGAAAGUUCAGGAAGAAUUGGCAGAAACAAAUAAGAAGUUAAAUCACUGGCGAAACGAAUGUGUCAGAAAGGAUGCAAUUAUUGAUACUUUGAGCAUGGACCUACAAAAUAUGAAACAUUGUUUUGAAAUGGAGAAAAAUUCUAUUGUUGAAACUAAAUGUGAAUUUCAAAAACUCUCACGGGCUCAUCAACAGGAUAUAGAGGAAAAACUGGCCUUCCUUCACAGCUUGUACCAGCGUCUAAUGGCAGGAUGUGUAGUCAUGAAACAACAAGACGGCAUGCUGGCAAAAUUCUCCUGGACGGAACUCUGCUCUAUUCUGCAAGAAAAUGUUGAUACCCUCAUUUCCGAUCUUAACAAGGCCAAUGAAAAGGAGUCAUAUUUGGAGCGUAUCUGUCGGAAUAAGGAAGAAGCAAUACGGCAGCUUCAGCAAAACCAAGAAGCUACCUUCAAUAAACUGACUGAACAGAUGAAGGAGCGAGAGGCUAGCUGGCAGAAACAGAAGAAUGAAAUGGAACGGCAUUAUUCUGUACUCCUUGGGGAGAUUCAUUCAAGGGCACAGUCAUGCUAUCUUGAAGCAGAAGAAGCCAAAGAAAAAUUUUCCAGUCUGACAAAAGUCAAUGAUCAGUUGACAUUUGAACUGUCACAUACUAAGAAACUAUUGUCUCAGAAACAGAAGGAACAUGUUGCUUUACAUGCGGCUUGUGCUCUGAUGGCAGGUGCAUUGUACCCAUUAUACAAUAGAUCCUGUGAGUUGUCUGUGCAGAAAGACUUCCUUACAGACCAAAUGAACACAUGUGAAUAUUUCAAAAAUGAAAUCAGGACCGUUGUCCAAAUUCUUUCUCUGGAAGAGAAUCCUAGCAAAUCAAAGAAAAGGAAGAAACCACCAAGAGGAUUGAUUCAGGUUUUCAGAAAAAGUGUUAUUGCUGUAAUGGCAGCCAACAGACUUCAAGCCUUUGGUCGGGGAUGUAGGCCACUAUUUACAUGGAGUGAGGGAAUAAAGAACAAACCAAGACUUGCAGUUUUCUCUGGCUGCACAAUGUCCUGUGUCUCUAGUUCAAGACAAGAACAGAACCAAUUUAUGAAGUCUGUUGGAUGGCUUUCAAGUUCUGAGCUAUUGACUGCAAUAGUUGAUUCUAUGUCUGAAUUACAAGAUAUGAUCACUAAAGCACACCCAAAUCAUCUUUCAAACUGGCCAAUGGAACAUGUAGCCAAAAAUUCUUUCUCAAAAUUCAUGGACAGAUUAAGUGUGGAGAUGGAAAAUGUUUCUCUUUGGUGUGGCAGACACAUUGGAUAUGGGCAUAAAAAAUCAUUGGUACAAUUAUUGGGCUCCGGACUAUGUAAAGUCAAUACCAAGGCAGGAAAAGAAGGAUGUCAGGUCACUAUGCCAAUAAAGCAAUGUGUGGAAGUAUUGAAGAAACAGAUCCUUGAGUUUACUCAGAGGUUGCAUGCCGCUGAAGUAGAACGACGUUCAUUGCGUUUGGAACUCGCCCAACUCAAAAGUUAUCUGAGUGACUUGAAAAGAGAAACAGGAAAAGCUUACAACCUGGAACAGCAGCUGAAUAACCUCAAGCAAUCACUGAAGACCAAGAAGAUGGUUCCAUUUGAGAGAUUUGGCAGUAUUUGUGAAGAGCUGAAUAAUGCCUUGCAUAGGGAGCACCUGGCCCAGCUUCUGUUAAAUGAUCAGGUUCAUCAGAUGCAAGAGUUAAAUCUACGACUGGAGCAACAUUCAAGUGAAGAAGCUGAGAAGAAUCAAACACUCUCUGAGGCUGUAAUGAGUCUGUCCGAAGCAAAAAUGGAACUGAGGAGGAAAGAUCAGUCUUUGCGUCAGCUAAACAAAAAUCUCUCACAGCUGGAGCAAGAUAAACGCCGACUUGAAGAGAGUAUCCAAGAUGCAGAAAACGCCCUGUGCAAGGCAGCAAAAGACAAAGAACACUUGAUUAAUUACCUGAGAUCUUUGGAUGUUGCCUUUCAACAGGUCAGAGAUCAGAUCUCACUGUCAUGGUCUGUGACACCAAGAAACGACUUUACCCUGCAGCUCCCUAAGCUGCAACUGGAAACCUUGGUAUCAAAGGGGCCAAAGGAUGGGCUGGAGGUUACAUCAUUGCAGAACUUAACCCAGACUUUUAUGGAUAUUUACCAGCUGGCUAGCUCCAGAGUUACUGCUCUGGAAGCAGAAGUCACUUCACAUCAAAAGCACAUCGGGACUCUUAAAUCAGAACUUCAGACUGCAUGCCUGCGUGAAAAUAAUGCCUUAGUUCCAAUUCUUUGAGAAAAUUUUUAAGGUUGGAAGAAGAUGGCGCCAGCGAACAACGCAGCCAAAGGCUAUGUCCAUCAGGCAGUUCAUGAAACUACUUCUUUUACUACUUCUUCUUUCAAAUAUGAUUCUUUGACUAUUGGAACCUGUAAUUUACAUCUUGGUGAUGUGUCUUCGGGUGGACUGAGCGAUCUGGCACUUUGCUGUCCCUGAGGAAGUUCGGUGAGGCUUCGAGUGGAGUCUGUGGCCUGGGGUGUGAGUCCAUAAUCAACUCCAUUUCUCACUGAUCUCGCCGAUUAAAGUGUCAAGCAAGAUUGAAAUCAAUGAGGAUGACAGCAGAAGGGGAGCAGGUGUUCAGUGGCAUCUGCCUUCGUUUGACCAGUUUCUCUCUCCUUUUCGCUUGCUAUACCGGGGGAAGGUGCCUGCAUGUGAUCGGUCUCCCUCUCCCUCACCAGAGUGCAGGGUUUUGGAUAACGUUUAAUCAACGCAGUUUGUGGAUUGGACUCAGUAUGCAUGUUAUGAUUUGCUUCUGGUUUCUGGCUACUCCUUUUUUAUUGCUAUUUUGUGCAAUUUUGAUUGGGGCAGACUGGCUCUGCAUCCUGCAGUCAACAAACAACACAGCACUAAAUUGAACCGAACUAGACUGCACAUUUCUGGACUGUUUCAAUGAUUUUGUAGUUUGAUAUUUUAUAUUCUGUGUUUCGCGCUCAUUUUUUGCCAUUUGUGUGAUUUGUUCUUUUUUUGUGUAUGGGUGUUUGAUGUUUUUCUUUGAACAGGCUCCGUACUGUUUCUUUGUUUCGUGGCUGUCUGCGCGAAGAUGAA